AUGAAUAUUAACAAUUUAAUAUUCAAUGCUCAAAGUAAUUCUAAUAGUCAAAAUAAUAAUGAAAUUAUGAAUAAUAAUAAUAAUAAUAAUAAUAAUAAUAAUAAUAAUAAUAAUAAUAAUAAUAAUAAUAAUAAUAAUAAUAAUAAUAAUAAUAAAAUAAAGAAUGUUUAUACAAUUGAAGAAACUCAAAUAAAAUAUAUUUCUAAAUAUAAAACACAGGAGUGUAGAAUGGGAAUAAAAUGUACAAAAGAUAGAGAUUGUUUUUAUUACCAUAAAAAAGAUGAAUACAGGAGAUCGCCAUAUAACGAUGAAGGAAAGUUAGUUUAUUCACAUAAUUUAUGCCCAGUCCUUUGCAAUGACCAAAAUUGUGGACUUUCGCACAAUGAUGUCGAAGUUAUGUAUCACCCAAAUGUUUACAAAACCAAGUAUUGUAAUGAUUAUCUAAACAAUGGUUGUAAAAAGAGCCGUUGGUGUGCAUUUGCACAUGGUGAUCCAGAUUUAAGAAAUUCAGAUAAAAGCAAAAUUAAAAAUACUGUUAAUAAUUAUAACAAUAAUGCAUAUAAAAAUUUAUUUAAAAAACCAAUCAAAGAAGGCUUGCACUUUGUUACUAUUCAAACAGAUCAACAAAAUAAAACUACAAAUAAUAUAAAUGAAGUCGAGGAGUUACUGUAUCCCAGACAUUAUACUGAUAUCGAGGUUAAUAGUUUUUUAAAUAUUUUAAAUAUUGGGCUUUCAGAUAUUAAUAGUAAUAGUAAAAUAGAACCGGAAUAUAUUGUAAAUGGUUAUUAUAAUAGAAAUCGUUCGUUUAAUAAUGAUAUUGUAGCAUUAGAAAUUAUAAAUAAUGAAAAGUCAGAUUUCGAAAAAUUUUUUGAUAAAAAUUUUAAUGAACAUUUAAAAUUUACAUCAAAUGAAUCAAUAUUUAGCAACAACAAUAGUAUCAAUAAUAGUAAUAAUAGAAUUGUUAUAGAUUGUAAAAUAGUUUCGAUAGUUAAAAGCCAACAUCAAGAGGUUUAUGGGUGCAAGUUUAUUAAAAAAAAGGACCAGUAUCUUUUAUUCGAACCAGCUAAUAGAGGUAACCGCUUAUUACAAGUUAUGGUGUUAAACAGUAGUUUCAAUUUUUCAAUUUCAAAUAAUUCAAUUUAUGAAAUUAAAAUUUUGGAAUGGAAUAGAAAGGACUUAUUCCCUAUUGGUAUCAUUUUAAAUUCAUUUCCAGUUUUUAAUGGUUUUUUAAAAGAUCUUACAGUUUUAAAAAUUGAUAAUAAUUUAAAUUUCAGCAAUAAUGACAACAAUAGUAGCAAUAAUAACAAUUACAUUAACAAUAAUAAUAGUUAUAGUAGUGUUCAACAAUCAUCACAAGAAAAUAAUUCAAAUUAUGAAGGGUUUGAAAAUUUAAAUUUAAUUUUAAGUUUUUCAAUUCAAAUGGAAUGCCAUAAUAGAGAAGAGGAAAAUGAAAUAUCAUAUGCAUUUUCAUUUUUAAAAGGAAUAAAUGGAGAAAUUAAAUUUUUGGUUCACUUUAUAGAUUCUUGUAGUAUUAUUCCAGUUGGAUCAAAUAUCGAUAGUAUUGCAUCAAAGAAGGCUUUUCAAAUCAGCUUUGAUUGUGAUAAAUGUGAUAUACUGGAUCAUCAGUUUGUAAAAGAAAAUCUUUCAAUUUUACCAGGAGUGCAAAGAAAGGUAUUCACAAUGGAGUGGAUUUAUAACAGCAACCUUGAUUUAAUAAAAGUUAGUCUUUAUAAAUCAUUGGUAACUUCAAGUAUUAAUCUUAAGUAUUCAGAGGUUCAAAAUUUUUAUGAUGGUGUACCAAUCCAUUUAAUAUUACAUCAAUCAUCAAACUAUACACAAAAAGAUAUCGAAGAUGCCUUAAUAACUUUUAAAAAUAAUUUUAAAUCAAAAAAUUUAAUUUAUAAUAAUUUAAAUCAAUUUUUAAAAUUUGAUUUCAAAAUAUCGAAUAUGGCCAACAAUAGCACACCACCAGCAUUAGCUCCUAUGCACGAUAGUCAACAGGUAUCAUCACCAUCGCCACCUUCCCAACAAUCUCAAAAACUUAUAUCACCAACUGGCAUUGUUUCAAAUAUCUAUUCAAUUGAAAUUUCAAAUCUAAUUCAAGAGGUUUUACUUUUAGCAAACUAUAUGAUAACACUAUUACUACUCAAGAAUAAUAUUGCUGGUUUGGUUUUUAAAACUAAUAAUAUCGAAAUUUCAAAUUCUAUUUUUUCAGACAAAGUUUUAAAAUUAUUUCAAGAUAUAGAUAUCUUUAAAUUAAUUGAAAUCUUAGAAAAAUCUGAAAACUUCAAUUUAAUAUUAAAUUUUUUGAUCAGUAACCAACCAAAUUUUGAAAUUUAUAGCAGUAAAUUUAAUAGAUUUCAAAAGUUUCCAUUUUAUUCAGAAUUUUUGGAACCAUUCAAAAGAUAUAGUGAUAUUUAUAAUCAAAGAGUUUUAAAUCAAUUUAUUUUAAAUCAAAACAAUGGUAAUAGCUUAAUUAAUAAUAAUAGGGAUCUAAAUUUAGAAAGUUUUAUAAAUCAUAUUAAUAAAUCAUUGGAUCAAAUGAAUCAUAUAAAGAAUAAGUUUCAAAGAAUUUGUAUUAAAUCCAUUUUAGAAAAUAGGCAACCAAUUAUUUCAAAAGUAUUGGUAACAGACUAUUCUUUAAAUGACUUACAGGUUUGGUGUAAAGAGUAUAAUAAAUCAUUUAAUAUUUCAAUUUCAGAUUAUAAAAAUAGUUUAUUUAAUAAUAAUAACAUAUUAGAAAUCAUUUUACCAGAUAAUCAAUUGGUUUUUAAUUUACAGGAUAAUUAUCAAAUUAAUAGUAAUAAUAGCAACAAUAAUGAUUGUAAAAUUAAUUUGUCAGUUUUAAAUUCAAUUUUAAUACAAAUAUCAUUAAAUAACCAAUUAUCAUUACAAGAUAAGGAAAAGAUAGAUUUAUCCUUGUUAAAUUCUAUAAAGUCAUCACCAUGUUUUAAAUGUACUCAUAAAAUAAAUCAGGAUUUGUUUAUUUAUAAAUCGAUAGAUGAUCUCAUACAGUCUAAGAAUUUAAAUUUUGAAAAUCUAAAUCAAUAUAUUGAAUUUUGGAAUUCAAUGAUCGAUCUAAAUUCUGCAUACAAGAACAUACCUAAAGGUGAAUCAAUAUAUUUUUCAAAUGGGAAUAUUUCAUGGAGUAAAAAGAAAAAAAAGUAUGUUGGUACAAUAGAGUUUCCAAUUAAAUGUUUGGCUUUAUUACCAAAGCAAGUUUCAAAAGGUGAUUUUAUAUGUGCAUUUUUCCCAGGCAAUGAUAGAAAUCCAACUUUUUCAAUUCAUUCUAUAGUUUCAAAAGCAACAAUUAGUAAUAAGGAUCAAGAGAAGCUCAUAGUAAAAUUCCCAGCUAAAAUAGAAAAAAUAUCCCCAAGAUAUCCAUUUUCAAUCGAAAUAAUUUUUAGGGAUCAGUUUAAUAGAGAUUUAUCAAAUGGUAUUCAAUUGUUUUCAGAGGUAAACAAUACUUUAAAAAUUCCAUCAGCUUGCCAAUCAAUAAUUUCAACCGUUUCAAAUGAAAAUCAAACAUUACAAUCAAAGAAUAUAAACAACAUUUCCUCUCUUAAUACAACUAGAUAUUCUUUAAAUUCUUCACAGGAGGCUGCAUUAAAUAGUUCACUAUUUAAUAAAUUUACAAUAAUAGAGGGUGAGUCAGGUUCUGGCAAAACUACUUUAUCCUCAAUCAUUUGCAGAUUUGCUUUAUUUGAUUUAAAGUUAACUCAAAAGAUUUUAAUCGUUGGUCCAAAUGAGUUUAGUAUUGUAAGUAAAAUUAAAAAAAAAAAAAAAGAAAAAAAAUUUCAUUUAUUAAUAUUUUAUUAUUUUUCUUUAGGAUUCAUCAUGUAA